AGGACCUUUUGCAAUAAGGCAAAAAAAGCCGGAUGGAUAAAGGAAGUGUUGGUCACUCUGGAGGCACAUGGGUUUGGGGAAGGCUCCCGGCCGCCAUAGCCCUCUGUGGAGCCUGAUCCCGGCUCUCCUCACUCACCUCAAUCCCCAGGCAGCCCAUCCACAGGGCCCCUCUCCUGCCUGGACGGCUCUGCUGGUCUCCCUGUGCCCUGGAAGAGAGCAAGGCCAUGGGUCGGACCCUGCUGCUGCCCCUGCUGCUGCCGCUGCCAGUAUUCCUGCAGGCUGGUGGCUCCGCAGGAUCCAGUCCAGGGUACCCCUAUGGGGUCACUCAACCAAAAUACCUCUCGGCCCCCAUGGGUGGCUCUGUGGAGAUCCCCUUCUCCUUCUAUCACCCCUGGGUGUUAGCCAGACCUCCCAAUGUGAGAAUACGCUGGAGACGGGACCACUUCCAUGGGGAGGUCUUCUACAGCACAAGGCCACAUUUCAUUCACAAGGAUUUCUCAGACCGGCUCUUCCUGAGCUGGAAAGAGGGUCAGGAGAGCGGCUUCCUCAGGAUCUCAAACCUGCAAACGGAGGACCAGUCUGUGUAUUUCUUCCAAGUCCAGCUGGACAUACAGACAGGUGACAUAAACAAAUCAGAGACAAAGAAGUGGCAGUCCAUUGAGGGAACCAACCUCACCAUCACCCAGGGUGAGUCCAGCUGUCCUGGCACCUGCCUCGCUCACCACUGUGAAGGUUUUGGUGACCAGUGACAUCUUCACAUGUAAACCUGGUCAUCUGGAUUGAAAGCUGUUAGCAUUUCACC